AUGUGGAGGAAAACGGCCUUGGUCUCUUGCGGUCACACGGGUCGUGGCGCCCCUUGUACAAAGCGAGCGUUGGUGCUUGUGUCUUUACCUGCCCUUGGGACAGAGAAGCUGGGUCCUCCCAAGAUCUGUGCAAAACCAGGGGGGUCCUCGGUACAGCCCGGGCUGUGGGGAGCCCUGCUGGUCCCCACGCCAACCUCUGGCGCAUGGAGGCCUGAGGGCAGCUGGUUAGCGGCUCCCCGGGGUCUCCUCCCUGCCCGUGGCCUCCUGCCAGCAGGCAGAAGGAUCCGGCCGCCCCUGCGCCUCCCCUCGGCAGGGGACGUGGUGGCUCUGUCCGAGUCGGCGGGGCCGGGCGAUGCCCUCUCCACGGGCGUCGUGACGCGCGUCGCCGCCGCCGCCGUCACCGUGGCCUUCGAGGAGCCUCGGGAGGUCCUGCUGAGCGUGGGGCGCGAGGGCUCCUACCGCCUGCUCAAGCUGGCCAACGACGUCACCUACCAAAGGCUGAAGAAGGCUUUAAUUGCACUAAGUCAGUACCGCAGUGGUCCAGCCUCUGGUCUGAUUGAUGUCCUCUUCUUUUCUUCAGAGCCAAGCACCUUCAGUGAAACAAGGCCCCUGCAGCUGCACAACGCGGCGCUGGACGCGUCGCAGAGGGAGGCCGUGUCCUUCGCGCUGGCGCAGCGGGAGCUCGCCAUCAUCCACGGGCCGCCCGGCACCGGCAAGACCACCGCGAAAACCAAAAAGGCUCAAGACAAGGGAGAACGGAGCCACUUUCUCAGUGAGAUAAAGGUGCUGAGAAAGGAGCUGAAGGAACGAGAAGAAGCUGCCAUGACCGCAGCCCUUACCCGUGCCAGCGUCAUCCUUGCUACGAAUACAGGCGCCUCCUCGGACGGGCCCCUGCGGCUGCUCCCCGAGGGGCACUUCGACGUGGUGGUGCUGGACGAGUGCGCGCAGGCGCUCGAGGCCAGCUGCUGGAUCCCGCUGCUCCGCGCGCCCAAGUGCGUCCUGGCCGGCGCCCACAAGCAGCUGCCCCCCCCCAUCGUCUCGCACAAGGCGGCCGCCGAGGGCCUCUCGCUCAGCCUGAUGGAGCGGCUGGUGGAGCGCUGCGGGGAGCGCGUCACGCGCAUGCUGACGCGCACCCGGCCGUGGCCCGGCACCUGCUCAGCUGAUGGAGGAACGAGUGUCCCACUUUCUCCCCAGUCCACAGCGCGGCUGCGUCGCCCGCGCAGGGCCCAAUCCUGCCCGCGGUUCCCUCCGCCCCUGCCCCCAAACCUGCUCUCCCACAACCCGGCCGAGGCCCACGCGGGCGCACGCGCCAUCCUGGGGGGCCCACGGGGGCUUCCUCAGAGCGCGAGCGGCUGGCAGGCGAUGGCCAAGGAAGCGGAUGGUGCCAAACGUGGCCCCGUGCGAGGAGGGGGAGGAGGAUUUUUGUCUCUGCUUUAUGCAUUCAGAGAUCUCUCACUGGAGGAAGACGUGGCGCUGCUUUUGGUGAGAGGUGAAUGCCGGAUAAGGAUGUCCACGUUUUGGACAUCCUUGGAUCCUUUGGACAUCAUUGGACAGCCACUGAAUCCCUGUGGAUUCCCCUGCUGCAUCCCACGCGGGGUGGUAUCCCCCCUGCCCGAGCCCGUCCGGCAGGACGGAUGCCUGCGUUCCCAGGCCUUGCUUUGGAUGGGCAGGGAAGCUCCCGGUGCUGCCGGCCGGGUCCCCGCGGAGCCGCAGCGUCCCGGCCGCGCUGCCCCACGUCUGGAGGAGGAAGACGAGCAGUCCAAGGGCAACCCAGGCGAGGUGCAGCUGGCCGGGCUGCACGUCCAGGCGCUGGUGGAGGCCGGGGUGAAGGCCCGAGACGUGGCCAUCGUGGCGCCCUACAACCUGCAGGUGGACAUGCUGAGAGAGCACCUUUGUGAGAGGUACCCCGAGCUGGAAAUUAAAUCCGUGGACGGUUUCCAGGGAAGAGAGAAGGAGGCGGUGAUCCUGUCCUUCGUGAGAUCCAACAGGAAGGGUAAGAGGCCAGUGCUGGAACAGUCACCUUGGGGGAGGUCACCCAUCAUGUUGCUGGAGGCUGUGGGAGGAAAGCUCCUGUGCCAGGGGACAGGAAAGCCAACCGGAGCAGCCAACGCGCCGGAGGACAUCGAUGCUCUGAUCUCGGCCGCCGUCAAGGCUGACACCACCUGCGGCUUCGCCCGCUGCGCCGCCAGCCCCUUGGAUCCAGCCACGAGAGCUCAUCUGCAGAGGCGCCUGGACAAAAAGCUCAACGAGCUGAGCGGCCAGAGAAAGAGCAAAAAGAAGGACAAGGAGAAGUGA